ACACACAGUUAUUCAGAAGAGCCUGGUUCGGUUUUGGAGCGGAUCGGGAGACGGUUUGAUCCGGUUUCCAGAGGGUUUGAUCCGGCUUGAAUCGCAAGGAAAGGCAGAAGGAGGAGAAAGUUUGCCUCAUCCUCUGUUACACGGCAUUCAUCAUGUUCAGAUAGAAACCAGACUCUGCCACAUCCACCAUGCUGAAACGUCUGGACAGGAUCCGGUUUCGAGGCCAGAGACGAGACGAGUUCCUGGAUCUGGCUGAGUCUCCCAACACAUCCGACACAGAAUGCAGCGAGGAAGUCGUGAUCAAACCUCGCAUCUCCACCAAGGAGCCAGAGGAGAUGAGGGAAGCUGAGGGAGAGCAGCAAAAUGAUGUCCAGGCUGGUCCAGGGUCAUUUACUGCAUCUCUCCAAGAUGACCCCAGGACGGAUUUAAAUGAGGUCAAAGGCCACCUAGAAAUAGCCUUGUUAGAGAAACACUUCUUACAGGAGGAGCUUAGGAAACUUAGAGAGGAAUCCAACAUGGAUUCGCUGAAACAAGAGCUGGAGAAGGAGCGCUGCAGACGCUCUGAGCUGGAGCAGAAGAUCAACGAGGCCCUGAGAUCCAGACUUGAAGACUCACCAUCUCAGACACCUAAAUCCACACCCCCUCCUCUACCUGCAAGCAGCAGUACAGACAAACAGAAAGAGAUGAUGUCCAACAGUUUCCUGAAAUGGCUCUACGACCGUUACGGUGUUUAUUUCGAAGACUUCCGCUUCCAACCUGAAGAGAUGACAGUGGAGACGGAGGAACCUCUGAGUGCCAAGAGGCUGACAGAAAACAUGAGACGACUUAAACGAGGCUUCAGACCUGUAACCAACUUCAUGAGGAAUCUGUCAGCCUUAUCCAGCUGGUACUCUGUCUACACAUCAGCCAUCGCCUUCAUCCUCUACAUGUAUGCAGCGUGGCAUGGCUGGGCCGUCCCCAUGUUCCUGUUUCUUGCCAUCGUCCGCCUUUCAUUGAAUUACCUAAUUUCCAGAGGCUGGAGGAUCCAGUGGAGCAUCGUACCUGAAGUCUCUGAGCCAGUGGAACCUCCAAAAGAAGACUUAACAGUAUCUGAGAAGUUCCAGCUGGUUCUGGACGUCGCUCAGAAAGCUCAGAAUCUGUUUGGAAAAAUGGCCAACAUUUUGGAGAAAAUAAAAAAUCUGUUCAUGUGGGUGCAGCCGGAGUUGACUCAGAAGCUGUAUGUUGGUCUUUGGGUGGCCUUUAUCUCUUCGUGCCUGCUGCCGUAUCAACUCCUGGGAUUCAUCAUAGGAGUGUACGCAGGUAUCAAGUUCUUCAUCAUCGACUUCAUCUUUAAGAGCUGUCCCAAGCUGAGGCAGCGCUACGACACCCCCUACAUCAUCUGGACCAGUUUACCCACCGACCUGCAGCUGAAGGAGCGCAGCAACACCACGCUGAGCCGACGGGUUCCAGCAUCAGGAGGGCGAGGCAGCGUCUCUGCAGCAGCUCCUUUGGGUGUCAGCCGAGAAGAGGAAGGAGGACGAUACCACAGCACCAAGAGAGGCGCGUUUCACGAGGUUUUCAACCUGCCGGAGAGCGAACGUCCUCUAGGAGUGUGUGAGAAUGGCUGGCGCUGCUGCCUCAUCAACAGAGACAGAAAGACGCCGACAGACUACAUCCGCCAUGGAGUGCUUUAUGUUACAGAGAAUUAUCUUUGUUUCGAGAGCUCCAGCUCCAGAUCCGGAUCCUCGAAGAGAAACAAAGUCAUCAAACUUCUUGACGUCACCGACAUCCAGAAGUACAAGGUUCUGUCAGUGCUGCCCGGGUCAGGGAUGGGUAUCUCCAUAGCAACGCCAUCUACCCAAAAGCCGAUGGUAUUUGGAGCAAUGAUGCACAGGGACGAGGCAUUCGACGCUAUCUUCUCUCAGUACACGAAGAUUGUUAACACGGCUGCAGCCAUCACUCCAGAGGCUUAGGUCAUGUUUAAAUCUAUCAACUAGAUGCUAUGGAUGAAUACAACGUACUGCAUAUGCAUAAAGACGUUUCCAGCCUGUAGGUUUGAUCACUGAUGCUGAUUUGUCAACACACUGGAAUUUUUCUCUGAGUGUUCUAGUUUUUAUUCAUGUUUGGACAUACGUCAUGUGGCCGAGCCAGGGUCCAGUAUAUGCUGCUAAAACUGAAGGUGGUUUGUAAUAGUGUCAUAGUAACAGCCUUAAAACAACACUAGCACUGUUUUAAUUUUCUCCACAAGUGACUUCUUCAAACCACUGCUGGCUUGGAUAGGGGCAACUGGUCUGCUCUCAUGGUUUCUUUCCCAGUCAUAAAUCUGUGAAACAACUCAGUGACAUGACGUCAGAGAUUGAUUUUAAAUUAGCUGGUUUCAACAAAUCACUGUUAGGUGCUAGAAUCAGCCAAACUCCAAUCAUUAUUUUUAGGCUUUCAGUGUGGCCAAUGAAUAUCUACAGAAAGAAAGUCCAAAAAACAAAACGUAGUCUUCAUCAGCUGCUGGUCAACUCUUCCAAGACCGGCUUCGAUCGGUUUGUUUUUAAAAGCUGCUGGUCAACGCUGGCUGGACUGGAUAUGGACGACAAACACAAAUCUUACUGUCACAUUUUUUUCUGUUUAAAGUUGCAUCACAUUUGCUUUUUCUUUUUUCUUUCUUUAAACACUGUCACUUAAAUCUCAUAUUUCUUGGUCCCAUUUUUCCCAAGUUUGAGUGAAGCAGAAAUCGGUUUUACAUUCUUUGUUGACAACAAUGUUUUCAGUCACCAAGUAAACAAACUAAAGUGUAAAUGGUGGAAAAAUGAGCAGCAUUCUCUGCUCUGAGACGCCGUUUUGCGGAUCUGAGAUCAGUUGACUUGAACCAUGUUGAGCUUGUUUUAAACCAACUUAAGAUGUGAAACCACAAACAGUAGAUAUGAAGUCUCAGUCUUGAUCAAACUGUGGCUUUAUGGGGGUUGUGAGCAUGCCAGUAGCGGAGGGAAAGACUUUAUCCAGCCUACACUUACCAGUGCAUCCAUUUAUCUAAACCAUCUCUGCUAAAAAAUAGUGAAAUUAGCAGGUAAAAAAUUAGGCUGGUGUUGGUAGUUAUCUCUCUAUCACAGCAAUGCACAGAAAACCAUUUAACUGAGGGUCCUGUGAUAGUUACCUCUGAAACUUACAUUUACAGUUUUUUAUUUUAGUUUGUUCGUGCACGUACAGUCUAGUAAUUCAGUCCACUGAACAUAAAUCUCUGCAGCCCCACCAGGUGUUUGAACUUUGCUCUACAGCACUAACCAAGCUCUUCGUUUCAUUCUUCUGGCAUUGAAAAGACAAAUUUCCAUCAUGAAGCAGAACAGAUAACUCGCUGACUGUCAGACACAUGCGACUUGGCUCGGUAGGACCUGGGCUGGUUUUUUUCUAUUAUCCGGGAUUCAUUGUGUCAUAGAGCCGUAAUUUCAGACCUUCCUAUGAAGGUGCAGCAUGUAACAAAAUCAGAGGUCAGUGACAGUAAAAUUUAAUAUAUCAAUAAAACCUGUGAUACUGUUGGUGUCUAAUCACUUAACUAAAAUUACUGCUAUGUUUUUAUUCUCUUAGAUUGAGACUUUUUUAUCUACUUGCUGUGGGUCUGCAUAUUUGUGCCACCAUUUUUUACUAUGGUGUCUCUGAAUGGACAAACAACUGUGUGUGUGAAGUGAGAACCCUCUCAGCUUUAAAACUGCAGUACUGGCUUUGCUGCUAGAGCACCAUUUAAAUAAAUACUGAUAAAAAGAAAAAAUAUGAUAAAUACUGCCUUAAAAGACACAUAGAAGAAAACAGUACACUUGUACAUAAUGCUGAAGUAGUUUCCUGUAGUGCAGUCAUAAUAAUAAUGAGGUUUAAAGCAACGUUGUCAUUGCUGUGUCCAUCUUUACCGCUAGAACCAGUAAUUCUUGCACACUGUACCUUUAAACUCCUGAAAAAAAUAGAUAAAAAUCUGUUUUAAAUUCAACUCCACAACUGACAAAACCACAAUUCAUCAUCUUCUGAUGUGUUUAAAACAUUAAUUAUGUAACUGAAAACAUCCAUCCAUUCUCUGUACCUCUUUGUCCAUUUCGGGUUGCAGGUGGAGCCUAUCCCAGCAUUUUAGCAGGUGAGAGGCAGGUACACCUGGUCAUCAGUCCAUCACAGGGCCAACACAGAAAGAGACAACCAUUCACACUAACACGCACUUCUAGGGAGAAUUUAGAGUGACCAAUUAGCCUAAUUGGUCGCUCGAUUGGUCAGGCCAUUGGCCAUUUGGGCUGCUUGGUGGUUUGGUGGUUGGCAGCACAGCCAGAAGGAGUUUACAUGUUUUCCCCGUGUAUGCGUGGGGUCUCUCCAGGUACUCCUGCUUCCUCCCACCGUCUGAAGACGUGUGUUAAACCUAACAUGAUAUUUGGCAUCGUAUUGAAUUUGUUCAUAUCUAAAACGGAGUCAUCUGUAGGAAAAGUUAAGUUGGCUUCUUAUGUGGAGUCUAUGCCUGCAGUUUACCGUUCUCCUAAAUCCUGUCUAUAUCAUUCCCAUUCUUUACUUCCAUCAAAUUAAAUUACACUGUUUUGUCAAAAAUAUUGGGACACCCCUUCAAAUGAUUGAAUUUUGGUGUUCCAAGUAAGGUCCAUACAGAGUUGGAUGAGCAGCUCUGGUGCAGUGGAGCUUGAUUGACCAUCCUUGGGAUGAAUUGGAGUGGACUGUGAGCCAGGCCUCAGUGUCUGACCUCAGAAAUGCACUUUUGUAAGAAUGGUGAAACACGUCCAUCAACCCUCCUCUAAACCUUGUGGAAAACCUCCCCAGAAACGUUUCAACUGUUUAAGAUGUAAUAAGUUGACCAACUCCAUUUGUAACCCUACAGGUUAUGACUGGAUAACCUGUGCUACCUUUUUGGUAACAGUGUGCUAAUCAAGACUGAAUCUUGGUUGUACAAAAGUGACUACAUGUCAUUUUUAGAAAAAAUAAUAUGAUGUUGGUUUGGAUUACGUGUUGCUUUUCUCUAACUGAAGACUUCUCGAUGCAUCGGGAGAAAGCAGAACAAACAUUUUACUUUGACCAAUCAGCUACCAACAACAUGACCCUGAGUCUGCAGUAAGAUUAUGAUCUAAAACAAGACGUUUCCCAAUUAGAUUGUUUUAUUUAUUCAGCUAAAAACAAGAAGCUAGAUGGUAGAAAAGAUAAUGAGUCUGAGUUGCCAGUACUUUGACAUUAAACAUUGGUUGUUUUAAAGAUGUGUUCAUCAUCAUCUGUGCCACAUAUUCAUGUCAUAGCUGCAAAAAAUGACAAAUUUACUUUUCUUUCUCAUUUUAGUCAUAUUUCCUGCAAAAACUAAUCACCAAACACAAGUUAUGAUGCAGGUGAGGAGUGACGUUUCCAUCAUGGUGCACUGUCAGCAGACAAAUCUCAUUAAUGUGUCUCCAGGGAAGUCUAAACCUUUAUUCUACGACUGUGUAUCGUAUUACUGAAGCUAAGCCUUAACAGACAAUAUAAGUGUAUUUUUAUGUGAUGGUUUAUAAGUGUUUGUAUUCUAUAUGAAUGUUGAAUAUUUGUGUGUGUGUGUGUGUGUGUGCCAGCCACAAAAUGAACCUUUUUGCUGUUUAUUUUCAGUUAGCUUGUGAAACAAAUACAGACUUGAAGUAGGGUCUGGUUAUGUUCUGCUUCCAUUAACAGCCAAUAAAAGAAAAAACUGAAGAAGACGGCAAAGAAAGAUACAGAUUAAUGCUUACUGACUGUUUUCCAACAUUAGUUUGCAUCCUAGCCAAAUGCUAACCAGCUAAAUAUAAACAUUUAUAAAUAAAUGCCCUCAAAUGCAAGGUGUUUUUUAAUUCUUGCCACUGGUUGGCUUUCUUUUAGCUAUAGCUUUGAUUAAGUUAAGAUCAUUGCUGGCGAACCUGAAUUACUUUAUUCAAAGAAUGUUUCACCCAAUUUAAGCCUUUUAUUUUUUGUUUUGAAUACUACAAGCCUCAUUAAUUAUUUUUUAUCUGCUUAGCUUUCGUUUUAAACGUAUUUCCUCGUUUCGUGCCUACAAACAAGUCGGAACUUGCCAUCAAGUCUUAAAUGUUUCUCAAAUUUGUUUCUGCCUAAUUUUCUUUAAGAUGCUUUAAACCAAUUUUUUGUUUGUUUUGGGUUUAAGUUAAAGAUUUUUGUCUUUUAAAUUCAGUUAAAAAUACCAAACAUUCUACACUGGUCACACAAAUGUCAGCUGUACAGCCGUGUCACUUUUAAACAUCUAGACUUUGUAAUCGCUUCACCAGCUGAAUGUCAGUGUAAGGAUGGCAUGAACACACCAGCGUUUAUCCCUGGUCUUUUCAGUGAUUCCCAUAUAGAUAACUCUUCAAUGUGAAGCCAUUACCUUCUGCUCAAAUGCAGGAAGUUGUCCUUGCAGCCAAAUCCAAUCAAUUAAAGAAUACAGAAGGAAAUAUGAGCCUGUCUGAUGACAUCAGUAGAAAAUGUAUAAAUCCAUGGCCUGUGUUACUAAGGCCAGUAAUGUACUUGCUUUUUAACCUUGAGUUUGCAUAGGCAGCCAUACUUGCUUGUGUACUACCUGGAGGAUUCCACUAGGGGGCGCACAAAAAGAUAAACUUAGCAACUAAAGAAGAGGUUGGCGUUUGGUUCAUUUUGAGAUCACAGCAGAAAAAAUAAAUGAAUAAAAAAAGCUGCUAUAUCAUCGAUGGUAUGCAAAACCCCAAACCAAACACGGCCUUUCUUGUCUUUGAAACUUUCCACCAUUUUUACUCUGUUGGCCCUGUGACCUUGCAUCCGCUCACAUUGGUCUCUACAUGGCCGUUCAGCUUUUUGCCUGCUAAAGCUUGUGAAACGUAGCGUUAUUUCCGAUGAUGUGUACAAAUAAUGCUUAGAAAAAUGCGAAAUAUGCGAGGCAGCCGUGAUAAAGACACUUAGCGUAAUUAAAAGCAAGUAUAUUCUUGGCCUAAGUUGUGGCCACGGAU